UCUUUGCUGAUCACCUACAUAAAGUAAAAUAAAUGUGAUGAAAAAAAAUGUUUUUGGCACAUGUGUCAUUUGCGUUGUUUGCAGUUGUAAAGCACGCAAGAUGCACCAGUUACAUUGAGACUUUUAUAAACAGGGAUUACAUAAUAUAAAAGACUCAUCCAAUAUAAUCAGGUUAUGUGUAUUUUCCUAUUAAACUUUGUAACUGGCAUUUAUUGCUCAAUUUAGAAAUGUAAAAUAUGACAGAAUAUGCACUGAAAUUAAUAAUAAAUGUUUAGUUCAUUUAGAGUUCAUUUAAAACAUUUUUUUUCCAAUGAAUACAUAUGAGACAUCAGAACUAUGAAGUGAUAAGACAAGAGUUUAGAUCUGUAUUUUAAAGAAACAUAAAGAUAUACUGUACUCUUAAAUAUGAAUUUAUGAUAUAUGAAGAUAUGGUUAGCCACACUUAUUCUCACAACUAGGGGCUAGUUCCUGGUUGCAGACCACAACUUGUUCUUCCUCUCCUUUAUCAGCAGGUUUUUGACAUGCAGGACAGGCAGUUUAUUGCAAUGGCUUUUGGUCAUCUGAUCAUGAUCUUCAUGGCCGUGCUGAUCUUCAACACAGCAUCCAUGUGCAAUGCUGAAAAUGCUGUCUCUGUGCAGACAGGAAGUUCUAUUCAACUGGACAUACAGACUGAUAAACUACCACAGUUUCAAACACUGGUCUGGAUGAAUGAAAAAUCAAAAAGUAUUGUGACAUUCAUAAACAAGGAGCCACAGAUUUUUAAGGACAAUGUGGUUUUCAAUCAAACAACCUUCUCUCUAACACUGAAGAACAUGCAGAAGACAGACAGUGGACUCUACACUGCAAAAAUAUUUGGACCUAAUGAAGAAGUUGCAAAAUACAGAGUAUCUGUUAUAGAUCCAGUGGAUUCUCCUGUUCUGAACUGGAACGUCACCAUGAUCAGUGUUAACUCCUGUAUUGUGAACGUCACAUGUAGUAGUCCUGACCGCACAAUCAGCAACAGCUACCAUAGCAACUGUAGUCAGGAGGAAGUGACAUCAACUGGACUGCAGCCUCUAACUGUGUAUUGUAAAGAGGACAUAGUUAUUUGUAACUAUAGCAACACAGUCAGCUGGAGGAAUGACACAAUACAGAUUAAACAACUCUGUACAACUUAUGAAAUUUCAGAUAAAAGUCCUGAAGAAAUCAACAGCUCUUUUCCUUUCAUGGCCACUGUUACUAGUGCUUCAUUGAUGAUUUUAGUUGCAACUCUUGUACUAUACUGCUCUUGCAAGAAUCAUAACAAAGGUGCCCAGCAGGAUGAUCAUACAGUCUAUACACAAGUUCAGUAUAAUGCAGUCAUAUGUAUGGAUUUCACCCAGCACCACAAAUGAACCACCGACACCAGGCUCUUCGGGGGAUCACGUCUGACGUUUAUUGACAGAAGACAGACAAUCAACACACACGCCUUCAGAUUCACUGUCUUUUAGCUGACUCUCUCCAGUCAUAGGCUGUUCUCAGAAUGUAUUCUAUACAAUAAAAUCUUGUAUCACAAUA